UCAAAUAUCUUCUAAAACUCAACUAAAUCCUAAUUAUGCUCCUCAAAUCCUCUUCAACGCCGCUUCUUGGCUCUCUUCUCCCCCCGGAUCACCACCACCAUGACCUCCACGGGAAACACUCCCCUUCCACUUUCCCUUUCCACUGCAAUAAUAAACCGCUUUCUUUCUCCACCACCACUGCUUCUCUUAGCUCCUCCCCUGCUUUCUCCGACCACCAUCGUGCCGCUGCUCCAUCUGGCUUCCGGAGAACCAACUCUGAAGGGAAUUUGAAUACUGUUUCUCAUGCUUCUGAUGUAAUCGAUGUCCAUGAAGAUCCGUUUUCUUUUGAUUCUGUCAAUUUCAAAUCUUCUAAGAAGUUUUGUCAUGGCCUUAAACGCUCUAUUCUCCAGACUAUUCCCUCGUUUUCCUUCUACGGUUCUAGAGCUAGGACUGAGGAAGAGGAGGAGGAGGAGGAUCGAGAGAUUGAUGGGAAGGAAGAGGAAGAUGGUUUGGGGAAUUUUAGCAUUGACGCUGCCAUUGUAACUCCGGAGGUUAGGGCUAUGGAACAAGCUUGGAGUAGAGUGGGUGCUGGUGGUGAUGGGAUGGGAUUUGUGGGUGAUUUACGGAAAGAGAUGUACCUGGCUAGAGGGCUCGGCAUCGGAGGAGGACCGGGUGAUGGUGGCGGUGGUGGUCGACUGCAGGGUGGAGGCGGCGGUGGGGGAGGAGGUGAAGAAUAUGGCAUGGAGGAGUAUUACAAGAAAAUGGUGGUGGAGAAUCCGAGCAAUGCUCUUGUUUUAAGUAACUAUGCAGAGUUCUUGUACCAGAGGAAAGGAGACCUGGGAAGAGCAGAAGAAUAUUACAGCAGAGCUAUUUUAAUGGAUUCCCACGAUGGAGAAACUUUGUCAAAAUAUGCCAAGUUAGUGUGGGAGUUGCAUCAUGACCAACAAAAAGCUUUAUCCUAUUUUCAAAGGGCUCUGCAAGCUUCUCCACUUGACAGCCACGUGCAAGCAGCCUAUGCCAAUUUCCUGUGGGAAACAGAAGAGAAUGAAGAUGAACAAAGCUUAGUUAAAGAGACAGCAACUAAAACUUACACGGCAGCAGCAACUGCUUGAGAUGAAAGUGAAUGGCAAUGGCAACUUCUUUUUCUUGUUUCCUUCUUUGUAGAAUAAUCUCAUCAUCAUUGAUAAUAAACAUUGCUGCAACAUUUUCAAA